AUGGUCGGCGCAGGCUCGAGCCUUGAGCUUAUUAAAAGACGAACCGGCUUCCGAGGCCUGUUCAACCACCUGUUACUCGUGAGCUCGGCCGUUACCAUGGGCGGAGUAGCCAUCUGGUGCAUGCAUUUCAUUGGAAACAGAGCCAUCGAUCUUGCCAACGGAGAACCCGAGAUGCAAAUAGCCUACUCGCGGGGGUUCACAGCUGUAUCCUUCUUCAUCCCUAUCCUCGUCUUGCUGGUCGCCUUUCUCGCAAUCGGCACCAAUAAUACCGUUUCCUGGUGGAGAGUUAUUGUCGGCGGUGUUCUCUGCGGCGUUGCCAUCUGCAGUAUGCACUAUCUCGGGAACGCGUCUAUCAAAAACUAUACCUGUGUAUAUCGGCCAGUUAAUAUCGUCGGAUCUGCUAUCAUCGCCGUCGUUGCCAGCAACGUUGCCCUCUUCACGUUCUUUGUCUUUAGAGCUGUGUGGACUAAUUCGUGGCAGAAGCGAGCUAUCUCGGCUGCGGUCCUUGCAAGUGCUGUAUCAGGGAUGCAUUGGUGUGCCGCUACUGGAACUCGCUAUCGUCUCAGAGAUAUCAAGUCUGAGGGUAACGAGCCCUCUAAAGGUGCAACUGUCAUUGUGGUUAUCUGUUUGUCUCUCGGUGCCUGUUUCAUUAUUGCUACCUUAGCUAUUAUUCGCGCGAGGAAUAUGAGAAAGUCGGCCCUUCGAGCGCAGCAGGUCACGUUGGGAGCGGCCGUCUUUGAUAAGGGCGGAAGAAUUCUCAUUGACCCUGAUGGAUUCAUUCCUAGUAUUGUUGUUACUGACUCCUUCCUGGAAAAGGCAUUAAGAAACUGGAGUACUAUCUCGAACUUUGUCGGCGCCGAGCUUGCGGACCGGUUUCAUGAGGAUAUGACCUCAGUAGGUGUCUUGUGGGAUGAGAUUAUCCCUACAGGCCCGGGCAGCAAGUGGCCACGAGCCCAGUCUCGAAUGGGCUCUCGUCUAAGUCUCUCUUGGGGAAUGGGAGACGCUCAUGAGGACAACCAAAGCGGCUCUGACAUGGCAGAGAAGGGGCUCAACGCUCGAUAG